AAGCUGCAUGAACUUUAUGGACGUCCAGUUGAUGUGAAUCCGGAUUUUUUGGAAACUCCCCCAAAUUCGGGUCUUGGGGAAACAAGUUUGGCGCUGGGAGAAAACCUGAGCGGAACUGGAUUGGUCAGAAAUAACUCGAUGAUGGACAUGAGCAGAAUCGAGUCAGCUGACAUGGGAACCUUGCCUGACGAUUUCAAAAUGGCUCCAUUACCCACCAGAGAAGAUGUUUUUGGUCAACUGGAAGAGCUGACAGCCCAACACAAGGAAAACAUGAAUCAGUAUCACAGCAGCAAAGUUGCCGCAAAAACUCACGUAGAAGCAACUCUGCAAGAAAAAUUGGCACAGAGGAAACAGCGUCGAGCGAAGCUGCAUUUGGAAGAGACCCAACGCGCAGAAUUUUCUGAACCCAUAAUGGCUUGAAUUAUUUAAGAUAAAAACCGCAUAUUAUCUGAAACAAAAAUUGGCUGAAUAUUUCCGCUGGAACCUUCGGUUGCCAAACAACCCGUUAUUCAAUCCUUCAAACUUGUUUUGGAUCGAUGGAAAUAUUAUUUUUGUGCAUGCAUUUUUUCUUGAAUAUUUUUACUCACAAAAACUACCGUGCAUCAUUUUUUUCUUUGAUUUUAAAAAGUGUCAGGCAGAAAUAUGUCUGGAUUCCUGUGUAUUUAUUUUCACGAAUUAUUCUGUGUAACGUGAUCGGAGGCAAAUAAAUUGAUAAAAUGUGUCAAUUUGGCACGGGUCAGAGAACCCGAAGAAUGGCGACAGAAAUAUGCACACACAAAAAACAGGCAUGGUUCCCGGGAUUUUCAUGAAAAUUUCAUAGGCAACUUUGAUGCAAAAUUUUUUUUUUGUAUCCAGG